GAUUGUCCAGAACACAAGUCGAUUAAAUUAUGUAGAGGCGCAACAACACCGAACAAAACGUGUAUAUGGUGUGAACAUGCCAAUAUGUGCAUUACCAGUAAUGAUAACGAUACUCACAACUUCAAAGUCAAUGGUUGCCGAAAUAAAAGCUCGAUUAUCGGCGUUUCUGGAGAACCAGCACUUAUCGAAGAAAAAGAAGAAACAACUCCAACAGUAAAUGAAGCUGACUUAAGAAAUGAAUUGAGGCAAACUACUAAUAACACUGAAACUCAUUUGAAUGUGACUACAGAAACGAAUGAAAAUGAAGAGCAAAAGAAGUCUCGCAAUUACUCGUAUAUUAUCGUACCGGUAGUUGUCACAUUCAUUGUCGUAUGCAUUGGAUGUGUCAUAGGGUUAUGGUUUUACAGAAAGAAGAGAAGUAUGCCAUGAUUCGCACAAACGCCUUCUUAUUUGUUGUUUUCAUCAU